AUCUUUCUCCUCCAAACCCACUCUACCAAACAUACCCUUAGUUCUUCCUCUUCACUGCCACGAAGUCCUUGAUUCCCUCUAAUAUGCACCCUCUGUAAUCCGCCACCCAAGCCCUAAUAAAUUUUUUUCAAUUUCAAAUCCCCCAAAUCGAAUCCGUCACCACUGUCGACGACCACUUCUUUCACCGGGUGACGGCGACGAUGCCUUCAUUCUGUCUAUCUCGAUUAGUUCUCUCUCCACUCUCUGAUCAAGCCAUCGGUGCUGCGGUGGCAAACGAUGGCGAGUUGAAAGCGAGGGAGGAAGCCACGGAGUGGGAGAAGGGAGAGAACGGUGGUGUGAAGAAGCCAUAUUUAGAGAAAUUGGAAGGAGACGAAUCAGCUGAGGUAGAGGAGUCAGGUCGGUGAGCUUGGCUCCGAAUAGUUUAUGAUCUUCGGUGGAGAUGUUCGAUUAUUUCUAUAUCUACAAGUACGAGCUUGUGAAGGAUUUCGGAUUUGGGAAUUUCCGUGCGGCGAGGCUGAUGAGGAACAAGGAAACGGAAUACAUUGUGAAAUACAUUGUGAAAGGCCAUAAGGUUCUGAGGGAAACAGAGAAAGUACAUUUGAGAAAAAUCUUCUAAGCGCAUACCGGCCAUUGUACGUAGCAGCAUUGACAGGUGAUUGGGAGAGCGCCAAAGAAUUCUUGAAAAGAGAACCAGAUGCAGUGAGGGCAAGGAUCACCAACAACAAGCAUACAGCACUGAUGGUGGCGGUUAGGUCUGCACAGGGGAACCAUUUUGUGAAGAACCUGUUGGAGCUCAUGUCACCUGAAGAUGUGGCUAUAAGCUCCGCCUUUGGAAAGUCCACAGCUCUGCACUAUGCUGCAAGAGCGGGUAACAUUGAGGCAGCCAUGUGGUUAGUGAACAAGAACCCGCGUUCGCUUUACCUUUGCAACAUUGACCGACGUGUACCUCUCGAAGAAGCUGUCAUGUUCCGCCGGAGGAAUUUGAUUCUCUACUUAUUGGAGGUGACUAUUAAAUAUAUCAACAUCAAAACUGAUGGAAACUUUCCUAUCGAUCUUCAAGUCAUGAUAGCUGGUGAUCAAUUUGACAUUGCUCUGUCGUUGGUUCAGCGCCACCACGAGUGGGCAAGGAUGGCUCCCAACUGGUCACCGAGAGAGCUCUCUUCAGCAUUGCAUUUAACCAUUCUGAAGCCUUAUGCAUUCCGAAGCGGAACACACUUGAAUUGGUGGCAACGCUUAAUUUACUCCUACGUUCCUAUGAAGUUGGAAGACUUUGCAUACCAUUCUACCCAUCAAGGAGAUAUCGAGAAUCCUGUCGACAGCUUCAUUCCUGUGAAGCAAAAGUUGUAUAAUGUAUUUUGGAAAGUCACUCAAAUGUUAGUGCCAGAGAUAAAGUACUGGCAAGAGCUAAAAGGGAAACAUUAUCAAGUACUUGAGCUUGUCAAACAUCUUUGCAACGAUGUCGCGAAGUUAAAUUACUCGGAAGCUGAAGAGACAAUCAGGAUACCUUUAAUAAAAGCAGCAAGUGUUGGGAUCCCUGAAGUUGUUGAAGUGAUUUUUACAGUAUUUCCUGAUGCAAUAGCUAACAUUGAAACGGACAUGGGACAAAAUGUAUUCCAAGUUGCUAUUGUGAAUCGUUGUGAAAGCGUAUUCAACCUCAUCUACCAAUUUCGAGAGGAGGCAAGGGAAACAAUUUUAUCGUAUGCAGACAAAAACCUUCGCACUUGUCUUGAUUUAGCAGCAUGUUUAGAGAGUGAACAAAAACUCUAUCUAAGAGCUCAUGCAGCUGGUGCAGCUCUACAGAUGCAACGCGAAUUGCAAUGGUUUAAGGAAGUAGAAAAAUUUUCAAUUUUUCAUGGAACGAGGGAGCUAAGUAGAAAUAAGACACCUGCAAUGAUAUUUACCGAGACACAUGAAGAGUUGGUGAAAGAAGGAGAAAAAUGGAUAAAAGAUACAGCAAACUCAUGCACAAUUGUAGCAGCUCUCGUUGCUACUAUGGUUUUUGCUGCUGCCAUUACAGUACCGGGUGGAAAUGAUGACAAAAGCGGCCUUCCAAUUCUCUUUAAAGACAGAGCCUUCAUCAUCUUUAUUAUAUCAGAUGCACUUGCUCUUUUUUCAUCUACUUCUUCUGUGUUAUUGUUUUUGUCCAUCCUCACUUCACGUUAUGCAGAAAUUGAUUUUCUCUAUACCUUACCCAAGAGAUUAGUUAUUGGUCUUGUUACCCUAUUUUUCUCCACGAUAUCCAUGAUGGUCGCCUUUAGCACCACACUCUACCUAGUCCUUGGAUAUGAGAAAGCAUGGAUCAUCGUUCCAGUGACUGCAUUUUCCUGCAUACCAGUGACCUUGUUUGCAUCCUUGCAAUUUCCUCUACUUUUGGAUAUGGUUAAUUCUACCUGUGGCCCCAGUAUUUUCGGUAAGCAAAGUGAUCGUAUCCUUUACUAAACCAAAUAGACAAGGGAGGAAGUCUAACAAAUUAUUUAUCGUUUGUUAAUUUGUAUUAUUAAGAAAUUAUAUGUGAUUAAAUUAAUUGACAUUUUAAGCUGUGGGUUCUGGAGUUUUCACUUCGUGAAAUACUGAAUUUUGAAUAAUGCCUUUUGUUAUUAUGAAUCAAUAUUUGUAAUGUCGUUUAUGUUUUUCAUAAAAGUUAGGGACAUACUUUUUCUGGAAUAAUAAUUUUAGGCUCUCUUUGGUUUGGUCGAUCA